AUGAAGGUCACCCCCGUUCGCAGCCGCCUUACAGCGCUAGUAACGUCCGCAUUCCUGAUCGGGUCUGCCAAUAGCGCGAUACCGCCGGCACCCGCCUCUGUUUCGGCCCCGCAGGUAUGGCCACCUCCACAGCAACAGACUUCCCGACCGGACGGCUUCCAGGUGCCAACUACCGCCGCGCUCAUCAUUGGCAAUGGUACCGACCAGCCCGCGGUGCGUGUGGUGCAAGACCUGCUCAAGGACGCCGGCGUGACGAACUUCCUCACGGCCAGCGGGUACAAGUCGCUACCCGACGCUCCGCUGCAUGUGUACAUCGGCGGCCCGUCUGAGAACAACGCCUCCGCUAGCGCACUCCACGAUCUGGGACUGCAGGGUCCCGACGGGCUGAAUCCCGAGGGGUACGUGCUAGGCAUCGGCCGCGACACAGAAAAGCACGCAGUUGUCGUGCUCUCUGGUAUCGACCAGGCGGGCACGUUCUACGCUGCGCAGUCGCUCCGGCAGCUCGUUGUGCCGAGCCCGGGCAAGUCCACGCUACCUGGUGUGGCGAUCCGGGACUGGCCCGUGACUUCGCUGCGUGGCACGAUCGAAGUGUUUUACGGCGUCCCAUGGUCCACCAAGGACCGGCUUGAUCAGUUCGACUUCUACGCGGCCACCAAGCAGAACAUCUACACCUACUCACCGAAGGACGACCCGUUCCUGCGGGCGCAAUGGCGCGACCCCUAUCCCCCCGACAAGCUCGCCGUCCUCAAGCAGCUGGCGGAGCGCGCAAUCGAGGACCACGUAGCCUUCACGUACGCGCUGUCCCCAGGCCUUUCCGUGUGCUACAGCUCCGACCAGGACGAGCAGGUGCUCAUCAACAAGUUCCAGUCGUUGUGGAAUAUCGGCGUGCGAGGGUUUGCGAUUCCCCUCGACGACAUCAGCUACACGCGUUGGAACUGUCCUGAGGACGAGGCCCGUUGGGGCACUGGCGGCGAUGCCGCAGGGCGCGCACAGGCAUACUUCCUGAACCGGGUGCAGAAGGACUUCAUCGACACCCAUGCUGGCAUUACCCCUCUCCAGAUGGUGCCGACAGAAUACAAGAACAUGAGCGACUCGCCGUACAGGACUGCACUGCGCGAGGAACUCGACCCGCGUGUGAUCGUCUUCUGGGCUGGCCCCCAAACUGUCACACCCAACAUCACUACUGCCGAUGCGCAACAGGCCAAGGCGGUGUUCGGCCACGACAUCCUGAUCGGAGACAACUACCCGGUCAACGACUAUGUGUCGAACCGACUGCUGCUUGGCCCCUACGCCGGACGUGAGCCCGGUGUUACCGGCCAAAUCUACGGCCUCACCGUUAAUCCAAUGGUCCAGUCCCAGCCGUCCAAGAUCGCCCAGUUCGGAUCUGCCUCCUUCCUCUGGAAUAGCCAGGCGUACAACUCCAACUCCACGUGGCUGGCAGGGCUGAAGUACCUCGGAGGUCCAGUCUGGCGGGCGUUGAAGGUGUUCGCCGAAAACAACUACUCCUCGGUCCUAACUGGUCAGGAGUCGCUGGUCCUGGCACCCCUGAUCGAGCGAUACUGGGGGUCUUAUAAUAACUCCGGACGCGAUCUGGGUCGUGACGCCCACGCGCUGUCAGACUACUUCGACCAGAUGGCCUCCACCCCGGAUCAGCUGAAGAAUGGUAUGAACAACACCGCAUUUGUGACCCAGUCGCAGGCGUGGCUCGACAAGCUUGGACUGUAUGGCCAGGCGGGCAACACCGCAAUGAAGGUUCUUACCGCACAGCAAGCUGGCGACGCGUCAGAGGCGCGAAAGGAGCGUCUGGCUCUCAACCACCUGCGCAGCCAGCUAGCCAACAUCUCGAUAACUGCGUGUCCGCUCGGCCAGUGCAAAGUCGUUUACCCGACCGUCGCGCCUGGAGUGAUGGAGCCGUUCCUCAACCGCACCGUGGAGCUCAACGAUCAAUGGCUAGGGCCACGCGGGGGCCUCGGCUUGACGAGAUAG